AUGCCGAAGAACGAGCAUCUCAAAGGGGUCGUCUUCUUAGCCGCCGCCAAAGCAGAAGCUAUUAUCCACACCUAUCCCACACACUUCUACGAUAUCGAGGAAGCAAAAGCAUAUGUUGAUGCUGCCUGCGAGAAAGCUGACCUCAAGUACAUAACUAGCAAGCACAUGACAGAGGACGAAAUGGAGUAUGUGAAAGAUAGGGCCUGCUUCAUAGUAGCUGCCAAAGCUUUCGGGCAGGGGGAGUUCUAUCUAAAGGUCGAGUUAGCUGAUCCAAGAGCUUUAAGGACCGCCGUCGAAGCCGACAUUAAACGCCUGCUCCCCUUAGUGCCUUAUUGGCCGUCAAGCUUCCUCAGUGUGCAGCAUGCCGUUCUUCACGUCGACAGGGUUGCACGAUGGUCCCGGUUCGUGUAUGAGCAAUUCGAAGGUGUGGAAGAGAAGAAGUUCCGAGCCUAUGUCAACUUCAAUACGGCCAGGCAUGCUUUCGAAGCAGGCAGGUUUGACAUGAAUAUACCCGGUAAAGGAUGGCGGCAACCACAGCGCAAACUCCAAAAGGCUGCUACUACGUCAAAAGCGCCAAUUGAAAGGUUUGGCACAAUGAAGAAAGCCAUCGAGUUCGACGUACAACGCCUUCUUGUGCUUGUGUCCCCCUGGCCGACGAAAUUCCCUUCCCUCAACGCAGCUCGAGAUCAUGUCUUCAGCUUCGUGAAGUCCACUUCUUUCUCAUUCACAUACUGGCCCGAGGUCGGCGAUCACCGCUUCCGCCUAUUUGUCAACUAUAAUACGGCAAAGCGCGCCUUUGAGCUAGGAAAGUUCAAGAUCGAAGUCGACGAGAAAGAAGAAGAAGAAGAAGAAGAAGAAGAAGAAGAAGAAGAAGAAGAAGAAGAAGGAGGAGGAGGAGGAGGAGGAGCAGCAGGAGGAGGAGGAGCAAUCCUCAUAUGUGCAAGCAAUGUACAAGAGGUAGCCCAAGAAAUCACGAUGCCGUCUGUGGAUGAGUCAGAUGAGGAUCCUUUCAAGGAUCUUAUUGCUGUCCUGAAGCGCGAGAGCAUUCUCAAGAUAGCUUUUGAGUGA